GUAGAAAUGAUUGGGAAUUUUGUUUACUUUUAGGAUGAACAUUUUGUUUGAUCUUAAAUUUUGCAUGGUGAAUUUUGUUGGAUGGUGAAUGUGAAUUAGUGAAUGUUGUUGUUUAAAUGUUUAUUUUUGUUUGUUGCUUGAAUUUUUGUUUAUUGAAUGAUAAUUUGUAAGAAGUAGAUUUUGCUGAUUUGAUUGUAAAUUUUUUGUGUAGGAGAAGAUUUUCUGAAAGUUUUAGCUGUCAUUUGGUUGAAAGUUUUGAUUUUCUUUCAUCAAAUUGGCAGCUGUUUUCUCAAUUUUUAAGUGGAAAAUAAUUUUGAUUUAGAAGUUUUAUUAUUUUUGAAAUUUGAUUCUGGGUUAUGUUGGAAAUUUGAAGCUGAUUAUUAGUCAUUCAGAUUGCAAUAUCUUUUGCUCAUUUCUUCUGCUGAAUGUGAUUUUUUUGUGUCAAGUUGAAGCAGAAAUAUUGUUAUCUUUCUUUAUUCUUCUGUCUUAUUUGUGGGUUUUAUUUACUUACUGAAUCACUUCUAACUCACCUUGCACAAUUUUCAUCUAUGGAGCAUGAGUCUAGGCAUAUGGUUUUUGAGUUCUUCAACUAUAUGAAAUUCAGAGAUUAUAGUGACACUUCAUUUGUAUAAAUUGCUUGAAAAAUCUUAUAGGAAUUUGUAAUAGCUUUUGCUUUUCUAAUUUAACAUUUUUCGAGUAUCGAUUGUCCUCGUAGUCGUAUUAGUUGAUUAUGUGAUGUUCCCCUUUGUGGCAGAAUAUUGCAUGGAGAGCAAACAUGCAAAUGCCACUAGAUUAUAUCUUAUUAUAACAGUUCAUGAUACUAUCUUAUUAGUUUUUUUCGAGUUCUUGUAUCCUGAUUUAAACGAUAUAUUGGUGUUGCAGUUUUGUUCCUUAUUAUCCAGUACACCCAGGGGUCCCGGGGGCAUCUGGGUUUUGUUGCAAUGGAAUAUGAAAGUCAUAGUUGGAUAUGGGAUGGAGUUUGCUACUAUCCACAUGUAUUUGGUGGAAUAAUGAUCACAGCAGCUCUACUCGGUCUGUCGACUAGCUACUUCGGUGGAAUUGGAGUUCACUAUUUGCCUUAUUUGGGCCCUGGUUUUGGUAUUUUGAAAAAGCAAGCACAUGAAAAGAAGCGUGUCAGGGUAUACAUGGAUGGAUGUUUUGAUUUGAUGCAUUACGGCCAUGCUAAUGCACUGAGGCAGGCUAAGGCCCUGGGAGAUGAAUUAGUAGUUGGAGUUGUUAGCGAUGAAGAAAUUUUGGCUAACAAAGGUCCUCCUGUGUUGUCAAUGGAAGAGAGGCUAGCACUGGUUGGUGGUUUAAAGUGGGUCGAUGAAGUCAUUCCUAAUGCCCCCUAUGCAAUCACAGAGCAGUUCAUGAAAACUCUGUUUAAAGAAUACAAAAUUGACUACAUCAUACAUGGUGAUGAUCCUUGCUUACUUCCAGAUGGCUCCGACGCUUAUGCACUGGCAAAGAAAGCAGGCCGCUACAAGCAGAUCAAACGCACAGAAGGAGUUUCAAGCACAGACAUUGUAGGAAGGAUACUUCUGACUGGUGGUGAUAAAAGCAAACACAAAGAUUAUGAUGAUCCAACUUCGCAGGAGGAUUCUUGCGGCGGAGAGCAAGUCACUAAGAAUAAGCAGCCUAGAGCUGGUCAUUUAUCUCAUUUUCUGCCCACCUCCAGGCGCAUCGUACAGUUUUCAAAUGGCAAGGGGCCUGGACCUAAUGCUCGUGUUGUGUAUAUUGAUGGAGCAUUUGAUCUCUUCCAUGCUGGACAUGUUGAGAUACUUAGAGCUGCUCGACAGCUUGGAGAUUUCCUACUUGUUGGCAUUUACACAGACCAAGCUGUCAGUGAUAUUCGAGGUUUAGGGUAUCCCUUGAUGAAUUUACAUGAACGCAGUCUCAGUGUAUUGGGUUGUCGUUAUGUCGAUGAAAUCAUUAUGGGUGCACCAUGGGAGGUCACAAAGGACAUGAUAAAGACCUUCAACAUUUGUUUAGUCGUGCAUGGAACGGUAUCGGAGGCUAAUCCUCUAGUCAAUGGAGACACUGAUCCCUAUAGAGUACCCAAGAGUAUGGGGAUCUUCAGAAUGAUCGAAAGCCCCAAAAACAUAACCACAUCCUCAGUGGCUCAUAGAAUUAUCACCAAUCAUGAAGUGUACAAGAAACGAAACGCUAAAAAGGUGGAAAGUGAGAAGAAAUAUUAUGACCAGAAGACGUAUGUAUCAGGAGACUGAUAAUCCAUAGAGUUCAUUAGGCAGACCCGAAUUGAUGUGAGCCUCCAUAGAACAGGCUUAGAGUUGCAUAUAGAUUUUUGAAGAUAGAUACUCGUGGAUAGUCAGCAACGCUUACAUACAGCAAGGGAAAGAAAGCAAGCCCAGACAUUGAUCGACUCUGAGUCGCCUUGAGUUGUGCAACUUCCUCUUCCUGCCUCUUUUGUGUUGCCCUGGUCGUCAUCUCAUCAACAGUAAUGCAGUACUUCCUCAAUUAUCAAUUAGCAGAAACUGCAGCUCGUAUUUUAUAUCAGAAUUGUGAAAUCCGCUCUGCAAGCGGGAUUUUCGUCGUGGUUGUAUCUCUAUCCAUUUUUUGUUAUUAUUUUUAGUCUUAUUCACAUAUCUUUGGAUUUAGGGAGAUCAUUUCUCAUACUCGGUUUUUUUUUUUUUGUUUUUUUUUUUUGGUGGUGGUGGAGGGAGAGGGGGGAGGAGGAGGGAUUUGUGUGGUCUUACACAUCCUUUCAAGCCUUUAUUUAGUUGUGUAUUUGUAUUAACUGUACUGUGAAAUUCAUUCUUUAAUUUUCGUAAAUUCAAUUGAAUAGAACACCUGAGUCACACCCAUUUCAUUGUACAUCAUACCUUAUAAUUUCUGAGUUGCUGUUAGUUGAUAGUGGUUGAGUACAUCGUACCGUUUGAAGAAA